CGCUCCAGGACCUGCCUCUUCGUCGUCUGCUCUGCUCGGCAUCGCCAUGUUCGCUCUCCGCCGCUCGCUCCCCAGGGUUGCUGCCCCCGCCUUCCGCCGCGCCUUCUCGGUCGCCCGCCCGGUCGCCCAAGCCGCCACCCCCGACAAGCACAAGGCUGCCGAUGCCACCACUCCUCCUGGAUUCUCUCGCGAGGGCGCCAUCUCCACCAACUACGAGGUCGCCACGGGUGCCCACCGCUACGAGUACCUGACGUACCUCAAGGGCGAGGAGCCCUGGGAAGACAUGCACCCCAUUUACCUCGAGAAGGCUGGAACCGUCAAGGAGCCCAUCGUCCUCCGUGGUGUCGAUCCCGUCCGCUACAUUGCCUGCACCGGUUUCCCCGCUGAGUCUCACGAGGCCGUCUGGCUUACCCUCAACCCUCAGCACAAGCACGACCGCUGCCCCCACUGCGGAAACGUCUUCAAGUACGAGCAAGAGCACGAUGACCAUCACCACUAAAGAGUGAACCCCCUCCCUUUUUUUCCAUUUUCUCUAGCUUAUUUCUGACAGAAGCGGGAUGCCCCGAAUAGUACAACUCAUUACCGUAUCCUAUAAGCUGGAUAGAGUCGCCGCGUUCAUCCUCCUCAUCGCUGUUGCUCGCUGACGCAAAAGCCAGCGGCUCCCCGGAGAGCGGCUGGCUUUCGUGGGGCCCGAUUUUGAACAAAGCUCGCCGAUCUCUGGCGGCAAUUGACAAGCA